AGUUAGUUACAUUUGAGAUUGAGACAAGUUCCACUCUCACUAUACAAAACAGAGCGAGCCAGCGCUCAGACUCAGGAGAGCGAGCGAGUGACUCACCUAACCAAAAUCACAGUUAGGUUUUUAAAAUUUUUACAAUUACAACAUUUAAAGACUCUAUCGUAUUGGUCACGCAUCUGAGUUACCAAAUUAUUCAUGGCGGAACUGAUAGUGCCUCGUUUGUAUAGUUGCUGUAAUUGUAGAAAUCCCGUUUCACUCCACGAUGAUAUCAUUUCCAAGGCUUUUCAGGGAAAAAACGGCCGAGCCUUUCUGUUUUCCCAUGCCAUGAAUGUUGUCACUGGGCCAAAAGAAGACAGGCAUCUCUUGACUGGCCUCCACACCGUUGCUGAUGUUUACUGCGGUGAUUGCCGUGAAGUUCUGGGUUGGAAAUACGAAAGAGCUUAUGAUCCUUCCCAGAAGUACAAAGAAGGAAAGUUCAUCCUUGAAAAGUCAAAAAUUGUUAAGGAGAACUGGUAGCAUUUUCCCUUUUGUCCCCAAUCCAUUCAUUCUAUUUGUGUUAUAGAUUUACUCAUGCUUUGGGAUGUUCACUAUGUACAGGAAGUACUCCCCUUUAUCUAUUUUAAAUUUUGUCAUUGCUUAUCCAACUUGGUUGUAUUUCCUCAUGUUAUGACUAGAAGUAAAAUUGUAAUAUAAAUUGUUUAUUCUACUGUUGAUAAAAUCAUUUACUGGUC